AAACCUUUCCGUCGUCAUCUAAGACUGGCUUUGUGCGAAAGUUAUUAGACUCUGCUCAUCUCUACACUUUUUGGUCCAAACUCCAAACCCCUUCAUUAAAAUCUAAAACAACACAAAGAAUCGCAUUCACAAACACGCAAUCCAUUUGUUACACAUUCUAAUUCCUGAGCAUCUUUUUCAUCUUUCAGCAAAGCGAUUCGAUUAAGGAAAAAGUGAGAAACAAUUUACGAACAACCAAAAGAUGUGCUGUGGAGACGGCGAUUGUAGGCCACUGGGCUUCCUGCUUGGCUUGCCUUUUGCUUUCCUUUCUCUUCUCCUUUCCAUUAUCGGCGUAAUAAUCUGGAUUGUGGGAUUGACGCUUACUUGCAUAUGUCCUUGUUGUUUGUGCUUGACGGUGAUAGUGGAGCUUGCGUUGGAGCUUAUCAAAGCCCCAAUUCAUGUCAUGGAGUGGUUCACUUCUCAGAUUCCUUGUUGAUUGUUCAUAUUUAUCAAAAAGGAAAGUGGGAGAAGAAUUAUAGUGUGUGAUUAUCUUGUUUGUGUAAAAUUUGCAUUUGAUAUGAAUAUGAAGAUCUGUAUGUUCUUAGCUUCACUGAAAUAGCCUUCCAUUGAUUGUUUAUUUCAUCAAUAAUCAAUAUACAGAAUUGAAGUUCCCUUUUA